AUGGCGACGCGAGAUCCAUUCUUAUUCUGCGUCUAUCACAGAGACGAGUACCCGGCCGGGGACGAGAAGAUGCGGGCGCCCAGACGCGGGAACGGGGCGGAUUUCGACCCGCGCGCGCCGUACAGGAUGUACCACGGACGCGACGGCUUCGCGGGGUUCCCGUCGCAUCCGCAUCGAGGUUUCGAAACAAUCACGGCGACGAUGAAGGGAACGAUCGAUCACGCCGACUCCCAGGGAUGCGCCGGGAGGUACGGCGAUGGGGAUUUGCAGUACAUGACGGCGGGGGCGGGGAUCGUGCACGGAGAGAUGUUUCCGCUUCGACGCGCGGAUGGACCGAACACGCUGCAAUUGUUUCAGAUUUGGUUAAACCUGCCGGCGAAGGAUAAGAUGGUCGAGCCUGCGUUCGUGAUGCACUGGAGCGAAGACGUGAAGAAGAAGACGUACGACGGGGUGGAGGUGACGAUUUGGACGGGGGAGUACGACGGAGUCAACGCGUUGAAGCCGACGCCUAACUCGUGGGCGGCGAAUCCGGAGAACGACGUGGGCGUGUAUUUGUUACGCAUACAACCCGGCGCGAGCUUUACGCUGAAUCCAGCCAAGGGGGGGACGUCCACGAACCGAUCGCUCUACUUCGUCGAAGGCGCUUCUGUUGAGGUGUGCGGCCAACUUUUAGAUCAAAAGGCUGUGUUGGACGUCGACGCGUCGAGAGACGUGCCGCUGACGAACAACAGCGACGUCGAAGUCAUCGUCCUCGUUCUGCAAGGGAAACCGAUCGGGGAGCCGGUGGCGCAGCACGGUCCGUUUGUCAUGAACUCGCGCCAAGAAAUCGAGCAAGCGUUCGCCGACUACCGGUCGACUCGUUUCGGCGGGUGGCCGUGGGACGACGACGCCGUGGUGUUUCCCCGCGAAAAAGGACGAUUCGCACUCGUGAACGGCGUGGAAUCCGUUCCCAAAACUGCGUAG